CAAGCAAACAUCAUCCCGACUAUGCACUAGACGCGCGUAAUGGCUCUCCUUGACUACUAGAUCGAGACGCUGAGCCAAAGUAAUGACCAGCCUCAAUUUUGGUCCGGCCUCGCAGCUACCUGAACUUUCUUUCCUCUGGGAUUAUCGCACGGAGUCAAGGUCCUCGAUGUUACGCAAGGCCCGGCUCGCGGUCUGGUCCAAAUGAUCGAGAGUCAUGCUCUGGACUAUGGAAUUCCGGAUCCCAACGCAAAGUUUUACAUGGGGGUCAUUAAAAGCUUGGCGCCUGUUAUAGACGCUGUGAUAUCGCGGCCACCAUUUGGUGGGGCACCGCCAAAUGCACUACUGCUAUACUUUGUUCAUUGGCUCUCAUUUCUACCGCCAGAGUUUGUCAUGCUGGUCAACUCUUUCGAUCCAAAGGCCCUGGUCAUCAUGGCUCAUUAUUAUGCGCUCGUCGCAUUUGUUUUAUCGAAUUGGAAGAACGGGUGGUGGUGGCUGCGAGAUCGGCCGGGGUAUAUGAUUAAGAAUAUAGCAGCGUUCGUGAAUUUCCGUGGGUGGGGAGUUUGGAUGAAAUAGCCGUUACUGGUGCUACAAUUUUGUCAAAAGAGUGAUGGAAGCUUGGGGCAGUGAUCAUCUUUGAGCAAUAUCCAUUCUGGUGAUGAUGGCUUGGCUGAAACGGAGAUGGGGAUAUUGGCCACUGUAGAGAGGCAUGCGAGAAAGAUUCCGGCUGAAGGAUGAAUCAUAUACGCCUUUGCAUUGCAUCCUACACAUAUUUCAUGGUGACAUAUUGCUAUGGAUUCUAGACAUAUAAACGCCGACAUAAAGAGAUGAUAAAAGAGCAGAUAUGGAAGUUAGAGUAACAAGAUCAGAGCUGG